AUGGAUUUACAACGGUUGCCAGUCGAAGUCGUUUAUCAGUUGUCCCAGGAGUAUCGAGAACAGGCCUAUGCGGUAAGUGCCAAGGUUAAAAAUGAAGAGCAGUUGAAACAGUACUGUACGCUCAUAUCAAUGGCGAUUAAAUGCCUGAGGUAUAUCAAACGAGUCUUCCCGCUGUCUAUCGAACAAGAUCUCCAAGUAACACUUGAGCUGGUGGAUCUUUUACUGCAAGAAACGCACAAUCUGGAUCUGGCAGAGUCGUUUGUUUCUAGUUUGCGCGAGAGACUACUUAUUCACAAUUCAUCGAGUUCUACAGGAUCACUAGUCAACGAGAGAAUGCAAUGUGAGUUGUUGUUGCUGUGUCGGAUUCCUCUUAUUAGAGGUAGUAAGUUUCAUUUUAAGGCGGCGUUGAGAAGCUGUGAUCACUUAGUGCAGCAUUUAAGCCAGUUGAAGGAUACUCUCGAGUCAUAUGAGGAGUGGAAACGCGUCUUCCAGUACGUUAGUAUGCUUUUAAGCCAAAGGCUGGGGAAACAUUUGAUCGUUAGGGCGAAGUACGAUGACCUUUGGCAGAAUCCGGAGUUGCCACUCCAGUGGCAAGCUUUUAUCACCUUAUCUUAUACCAACUAUCUACUGGAUAAUCGUUUUCCUAUUCCCCUCCCAGUGUCUCAACGAUUGGGAAGCAUAAGUUUCAGUGAUGUACGUCCUAAGUGGUACGCCUGGAAACUAAUGCUGCAGCUUACAAUACUAGUUUAUCAGGACAAAAAUAUUACUGAAAAGUUGAACGAGUUUAAGUGUUUCUUUGCACAGUCUAAAGAUGCUUUAACUGAUUCUUCAGAUGACUCUAUUGUGCAAGUUGGUAGUCGCCUUUGUCUGUCUCUUGAUUCACCGUUCAUGCUGAACUACCAGGACCUGAAAAAUAUGCUGCUUUUAUUCCAAAGUGUAAGCUUUCUGGUGAAUUGUUAUGAUAAGAAGGCCAGUUUCUCGGUGAUGUUCCUUCCAAAAGUGGUCAAGACUACGACAAAAUUGAUAGAUACGAUGAAGCAGCGAAACGGCGUCUCACUGAAUGAAAUAAGCGCUAAAUUACACUGGUACGAACAAAUUCUGUCCUUAACGCGGUUUUAUCAGGUUUGGCAAGACAUGCUCUUAGAACCUCAUUCGCUGCAUACAAGCUCCGAUGGCCUCCUUCAUGUUAUGUCACAACAAGCGGAAUAUAGGAAGGAUCCUGCAUCAAUCUGUGAUGAAUAUCAAGUUAUCAAAGAUGCUUCCGAUUCAACAAACGAGACCAAACUACUUUCUCUCCUCAACACUUAUCUCAUUAGGGCAUCGCUUGUCAGUGAAGGUGUUGAAAGGCAAAAACAUGCAACGCUAUGCAAUAUCAUCUGGGACCAAAUAACUAAACGAUUGGCUGACACUGACUUACGAGAUAACGCCACUUGGGACUGUGCAUUAACCAUGACAUGGAUCAUGACCCAUUUUGAACCAUUUUCAUCGAACCCUAUACCAGCGACGGACGACGAAAGAAACCAUCAUAUUGAGAAACUCAGGUUAUAUUACGACGCUAACAAGCUUCGAUUGAGCAACGAAGUAGAAGAUGAACCCCAGUCAAAGGGAUCAGUCGAUGAAGUUUUAAAAUUGAAGAAAAGUCUCAUGCUACAAAUUCUUUUGAACUACCUUGGAGGCCGAAUGCUUGAACAGGAUUUAGAAACUAUUUGCCAAAUCUCUGCGGCUUGCUGCCGUUUGGCUAAGAUACGAAAACUACCCGUGAUACAAUAUGUUACUGGUCUAUGGCAUUUAGCAAACUGUACAUUAGCGAUGAAAACUAAAGAAGUAACGAUAACGAGAGCCAAAUUAGAAUCAUUGGUUAAGAAAAUAUGCAUUCGUGAAUUAUAA